UACACAUCGUGAAAGCGGCGUUUCUGUCUCGUAUCCUUUCAACAUCAAUUUGUAAAGGAGAUGAGUGACGGUGCGUCAUCAACGCCAUCUCACGAGGCUCCAUACCAACGUAGUAUCACAAUCAAAUAUUUUGGCUCAACUCAAAUCGAUCAGCGAUGCUCUCAGUCAGUCCUAUCGUGGGUGAUGGCCGAAGUAAAAGUGAGUCAUCCUAACUUUAAGAAAGCAACACUCGACUGUCUAGGAGGCGUGGUCACUGCGAGAGAUGUCCAGUCAUCAGCAGUUAUUUUUCAGCACCAGGCCAACUUCAUUAUUAAAUUCGCCAGAUCGACAUUUCAGUUAUGUACUUUUGCGUAUCUCAUGAGAAACAAGAAGAAUUCUCGAUUUUAUUGCCAUGUGUUUGAAGCAGUUAGAGACACUGAAGUUCAGGCAUUUUUUCAUGCCAUUCGUCACUCAAUUCAUGAAGCGCACACACGAUUUUCUGGCAAUGAUGAGAGUGAUAGUUCCAAUUUGAUAAGUGAGCGAAGCAGACAUCGGCAAAAUAGUCUUGUGUCUCAAGCAGACUCUAAUGAUGCAAAGUAUGAUGUGCAUUACAUUGGGAAGCAGAGAGUGCUCAGUCCACAUGGUACCAAAACCCUAGUUGAUGAAGUAUUGCAAACAAUUAGACGUAAACAGAGUCAUCGAAGUCAGAGUCUACCUGAGGGAGAGUCUGUAACCAAGAGUUUGUUCUACAAAGAGUGUCACUUAUUUAUCAGCUCUCACUUUCUUCGUAUUGUGGACAUAAAUUCUCAGGUGGUCUACUUGCAGAAACCUAUAACAACGGUGUCAUACUGUGCACAGGGACUUUCCCAUUAUGAUUACGUAGGUAUCAUCUGCAGGGAGGUGACAGAAGGACAUUUCUAUUGUUUUAUCAUUCACAGGCCAUAUCCGGACACAGUUGAGCCAUUGUUGCAGUCAAUGCGAGAGGCAUUUACUAUUGCAUUUGAAUCAUUGUCUCAACGUCCCGUAGCAGUAUGUGAAUCGUGUCCAAUGCAUCAGCUGCACUCACUGUGCUAUCAGAUGGAAGGUGUGACUGUUGAGAUGAGCCAGAGCCUGAUUCACAAGGUAGUUGAAAGCUUGCCAGAGAUAGAGUUUAAUUGGAUUCAAAAGAAAUUCCAAGAACAUAAGGAGAAGGAUUCUAACAUUCAGAAUAUUAUUAUGGUGUCAUUAUUGAGAGCUGUAUAUGAGAAGUUACAAUUGCAACAUACACACAAAGAGGAUGCACAGACUGCAUCAUAUCUCACAGUUCCUGGAGAUUCUUUAUCUGCAAACAGUGAUGGCAAUGACAAUAGCAUCAAACAGAGGACACGUGGGAUGAACAGAUUUAAGGAGUCUCUUGCACACUCACUGGAAAAUUUACUUAGCAGAAAGGAAAAGACCAAAAUUAAGAAAAGGUCAAUAGGUUCAUCUGCCAGAGAAAAUUAUCGAGCUGAAAGUCAGGUGUCUCCUUUGGUGUCACGCCAUGCUCCAUUUACUUGUGUUUCUGACACUCAUCCGGGAGAUGUGCCAGACAUACACACCAUUAUCUCACCAUCUGGUAGACCCAAGUCACCUGGAUCUCCUAAAGAAAAAACAGCUGCCAAAAUCAAAAUGAUGAAGCAAGCAGGAGCAUCACAGUCUGACACGACACAAGAUGAAGUGCCUAAAUUGGACAGAAAGCCCGUGCUGAGAAGACUCGAUAGAAGACAGAGAAAGCAAUCAUGGAGACAUUCGAUGUAUAAGCGAGCUCAUGAAACAGACACUGUUAUCAGUCCUCUUGUUGGAGGAGAUGAGGUUGAUGGCUUGUUGAGAUCUCCAAAACGCACUCCAAAGACAGUACUGAAAACAAAACAAGAUUACAGGAGAAUGUGGAAGGAAGCAAUUGAGCAACAGAUUAUGUUGAACAGAAUGCAGAAAAUGAACAAGGACUUUGAUGAUGAGUCAUCAGCUGCUGAGGAGAAACGACACAAAUUGUUUUACGAUCGAAAGGAAAGCGAGCAUGAAAAUGAUGAGCUUCACCUACAUCAAAACUUGGAUGCAAUUUUAUCAUCACGUUCUACUUUCAAAAUCCAAGAAAAGGACUUGGAAACUAUUGUUCUGCAAGGAGUUCCAAAGUCACGUCGAGAGGAAGUGUGGUUCACACUCAGUGCUGCAUUUAAGUUGACUUCGAGUACAUCUCUUGCCAGUACAGAUGGAUCAGCUGAUGAGACAGAUUGUCCACAUUUUGAUGUCUUGAAAGAAGGGCAGACUGAAUAUCAUCAUGCAAUAUUUAUUGAUCAAAGUCGCACAUUUCCUAAACAUCCGUACUUUAAAAAGUCAUCAGGUCGAGGACAAACUGCUCUCUACAAUGUGCUACGGGCUUACUCUGUGUAUGAUCGUGAAGUCGGUUAUUGUCAAGGUCUUAGUUUUAUUGCUGGCAUUUUCAUCAUUCAUUGCAAAGAAGAGAAGGAUGCUUUUCGACUACUUUGGCACUUCAUGAUGAAUUAUAACUUCAGGGAGCAUUACAUGCCAACUAUGGCCAUGAUACAGGUUCGAUUAUAUCAACUGUCUCGUCUUAUACAUGAUUUCCUUCCUCUUCUCUACAACCAUCUUGACAAUCUUGAUGUCCCUCCAUUUUUGUAUGCUGCUCCCUGGAUGUUGACUAUGUUCGCAUCUAAAUUUCCACUGCAGUUUGUCUCACGAGUAAUGGAUUUUAUUUUACUGAAUGGUGUCCAUGGCAUGUUCAAGAUUGUUUUGUGUCUUUUGAAACAUUUUGAACAACAAAUCCUGUCUCAACCUGAUUUUGAAUCAACGACUCGAUUUCUGAAAGAUGAAAUACCUAAGCGGGUUGACCACAUUGCAGAUAAAUUGGUUGCAGAGGCAAUGACAACAGCAGUAGAGCAGCAGUUGUCAGUGUAUGAUGUCGAGUACAAUGUAUUAAAAGAAGCAAUGCCUGAUGACUCAGCAGAGAUGGGAGAACUGGAGAGCAAGUUAGAGAUGCAACAGCAUCAAUUGAAGGAACUACAAAAGACACUUGAAAGGGAAAGAGCUGAGAAGGCACAGCUUGCACAGAAAUUGAAACAACUACAACAGGUACUGUCUGAACGAGGACUGGAAGCUUAUUUUACAGAAAAUGGACUAAUUCUUGAACCUCAACCACUACUCGGCAUUUCUGGUACAAAACACAAUAAGGAGCCAAUAUGACAACAUGAUAACUACACACAAUUCGGACAUACAUGUUCACAUAUUCGAAAUGCCAUAUUUGUAUUAAUUUCAACAGUUUAUGUGUGUCGCACUGAUGUCAUUAUUUGUGCUUUCCAAUUUUAAUUAAAGAAUAUUGGUAUGGCCAGUUGAAUUAGUUGGCACAGUAUUGUUAAUAUACGAAAAUGUUUGGCUUAAUAUUAUAAAAUAGAUUCAAGACAGCAAACUGAAUCGUC